AGGAGAGAGAGGAGAGAGAAGAGGAGAGAGAGGAGAGAGAGGAGGAGAGAGAGGAGGAGAGAGAGGAGGUGUGUGACGAUGAAAUCCCUGCACUAAACACUUUCUGCGACCAGCCACAUUUUUUUGACAUGGAUCAAAUGAUAAUAGAGGAAGGUAAAGUCUUAGAAGGAGAGCUGGUCAGUGGCAGCAUUGGAGGUGCUGUUACCUCAACUGCUGUGGACCAAGUCAUGCAAAACAAUGGAGUGGAAAUCAGAGCGCUCAGAGAUCUUUCCCCAGGGAAAGGUCGGGGGUCUUGGGUGUUCCUGGAGGCAGGGAGAGCAGGCUGUGAAAAAAACAGAGAGGAACUUCCUGAAUACAACAAUGGCCGAGAGCUGGAUGAGGAUACGACACAAAAGAUCCUGGAAUUUGGGAAUGAUGACGAAAGAGGGACCGCCCAGUUACGAGAAGUAACCCUAGGUUCUUACGGUGAGGACGCGGAGUGUGUAGGAGCUGCUGUAGAAGGUGGCUGUGCAGCCCUCUGUCCAGCGGCCAGGGAGGAAUGGGACGAGGAAGAAGACCCAGACUCUGCUGAGGCGUCACAUGAGGAUGGGAGCCUGAGUGUGAUCAUGGAGGAGAGGUCUGAAACACUGAGCCUCUCAGAACCCACACCGCUCCAGGACACAGACAAAUCAGAUGUUUCAAAGAACAAAACAGAGAUUCAUGCGCUCAAAGAUUCAGCUAUAGAACAUUCAGAAGAGGAGACGCACGCAGAGGCUGAGGUAUCAAAGCAAGGAGAGGGAAAGUUGGGAGCAGAAACUGUGCAGGAGGAGGAUGGGUUAGCUAUCGAGGCAGUUAUCGAUCUGUGGACAUCAGUGUUUGGUGAGACUGCCUCGUCAGAAAGGGAACAGGCUGUGGACAAAUCCUCAGAGAUUAAAUCUGAAUUACAGUGGAUGACCGAGGCUAGUUUACCAGAAGAGUCGAUGGAAGCAGAACUCCUGGAGAAAGACCUAGCUGGAACCAUCAGAUGGACAGCUGGGAGGAGCAGCAAUGUAGAAGCAGAGACAGAGGCAGAGAGACCGGAAGUGGAGACAGAGGCAGAAAGACUGGAGCCAGAGAGACCAGAGGUGGAGACAGAGGCAGAGAGACCGAAGGUGGAGGCCGAGAGACCGAAGGUGGAGGCAGAGAGACCGAAGGUGGAGGCAGAGACACCGGAGGUGGAGACAGAGGCAGUGAGACCGGAGGUGGAGACAGAAGCAGAGAGACCGGAGGUGGAGGCAGAGGCAGAGAGACCGGAGGUGGAGACAGAGGCAGUGAGACCAAAGGUGGCGACAGAAGCAGGGAGACCGGAGGCGGAGGCAGAGGCAGUGACAGAGGGAACAUUGGGCUCUGAGCAGGAGGAAGCAGGGAAGACGGAGGAGGAAGAUGAUGGACUGUCAGAUAAACCGUCUAAGGGUGAACCUAAACAGAGUGGAAUGGAGGCUGGAGUAUUUCAUGAUUUAAUAGAAACCGAGUUUAGAUUACCAGAAGAGAUGGCUUCUUUACUUGUGCCAGAGGAGAUGGAGGAGGGAGAACCAGUGGGAUCUCUGGAUGAGGGGAACAGGGAGUGGGAAGGAGGGGCGUUGGAUGAGACGCAGGCAGAGGCCGAAACGGCAGGUUGGAGGUCCGAGGCUGUAGAACAUGAGGUGGAGAAUGCAUUACCUGAAUUCCACAACGACAGAUCUUCCUGGAAACCAAAGGACACAGACACUGAACCAGCUGGUGUCGUGCCAGCUGAGAGAAGGUUCCAGGAGAACGAGGAUGCCGACGUAGCCUUGGUGACGGGAAACUACAAGGCUGGAGAGGAGAUGGAGGUCACCGUGGAGACGAAGGUCACCGUGGAGACGGAGGUCGGAUCCAGGAGGGACAUGAACACGCUUUUAUCAGAACAAUCAGAGACCAAAGCCUUGGCUGGUGUCUCUGAGGAACAUCUGAAACCAGUGACAACUGGACCGGCUGAGGAGGAUGAAGCCAGCGAUGCGUCAGCAGAGACUGGAUCUCUGGAGUCCUCGGAAGAUCUGUUUCAGAGCCUGAUCGACUCUGGAUUAGCAGAUGAUCCUACCGAUACAACGGUUGAAUUAUCGGACGAGAUGGAGACUGACUCAGCAAAUGAAUCCCUGGAGGCCAAAACAACAGGAGGUGGAUUAUUGGAGGAGCCUUUUGAGACUGGAACACUGGAUGUGAGUGCAGAAACCAAGGAGGUCAGAUUAUCAACAAAAAACAAAACAAUAGAUUCCGAGGUUGUUAGAGAGCUAAAGGCGGGAUUAUUAACAGAGAUAAAGGCAGUGUGUGCGAGUGAGUCAGCUGAGACUGAAUACUGUUCUCCAGAGAAGAUAAAGGAGAGUGUUGUUAUUGAAAGAGUGGAGGGUGAAGUGAGGUCAGCACCAGGAACAGCGGACAGUGUGAAGGAGAGAGAUGACGUAGGAGAAGAACAAGAGCAGGUCAUUCCCGGAGUAGAGGACUUCUCAGAGGUCGAAGGUAAAGCAAGACUCAGUCCUCUAUCAGGAAGUAUCUCUACAUAUCAAGAUCUACAACUUCAGUUGGGUGCCUCCAUUUUGGAUUUCACUGCUCAAAAGUCUAAAAUAGGCAUUAAGAACCGUCAUGUCCGUCCUCCCAAAGACCCCCGCACCCUCCUCCUCAAGCCCUCCCUGGCCCCCACCCUGGCCCCCAAACCCUCCCCACGUGCACCAGUCAGAGGCCUACCGAUGGGACUGGGAGGCAUUGGGAUCAAACUUCCUGGGUUUGGUGUGGGACCUCCUGUGCUGAGGAAGACCCAGGUGGGCGUGAAGGGCGACCACGACUCAGAGAACAGCGCACAGAGCAAGGCAGAACCAGAAGGAGGAGAAUCUCUCAAGCAGGCAGAAGCUAAGCCUAAGUGGACACCACCUCGACACCCGGGAUUUGGGAAUCCACUUAUGAUGUCAGAGCUCAAGAAUAAACUCAAGAAAACACAAGACUGAUUCUGAACUUUUGCUUACUGGCUUACUUCACUGUAAAAUGGCUUUAUGUUGAAAAAUUAUUUAAAUGAGCAAUUACAGUAGCCUAUAUUUUAUGUCGUAUGUGCCUGUCAUGUCUGCUAUGAAAUAAGAAUCAAUUUUACAAGUUGAUUUCUGUAUUUUUCUAUUCAGUGUUAAUGAAAUAAGGAACCUCUUUGAGAUGUUAAUAAAGUUUGUUGUAUU